CUCUCGAUUCCGGCGCGCGGAUAAUCGCUAAUUUUCGUAGUUUCACCAGUUCUACCGCUAGGUGGCUGUCGCGCUAGACCAGUAGUCCAGUACCAUUUGCAGCGGAUAGUCGUGUAAUACCGGCUUUGGUACACGACAACUACACGUGUUAAAGCUGAUUGCUGGGAGUGCUCAAAUAAAUACUUGAGUAAUGGGAAGAUGACAUUUCUCAAAGACGGUGAAUGUUGCCAUCAGCACUGUUGGGUUCCAUCCAGAUUAAGCGCUUCUGUGUAGCAUACUGUUGUCAUUUUAGAUCUCACCUUCACAGACCACUACACAUUUGUCAGAAAGGUAGUGCUGGUACACUUUCUGUUUCUAAUACAUCUGGGAAAAUGUGUUCUGUGUCUAGACCAAGAAUUUGCACUCAUGAUGGGAUUUUCCACUGUGACGAAACUCUUGCUUGCUAUAUGUUGAAGAGAUUGCCGGAAUAUAAUGAUGCAAAAAUUGUCAGAACUAGAGAGGAAGCUAUUAUAAAAGAAUGUGAUGUUGUUGUUGAUGUUGGUGGUGUUUAUGACCCAUCAAAGCAUUACUAUGACCAUCAUCAGAGAAAUUUUGAUGAAAGUAUGAGUUCACUGUCUGAAAAGUAUAAGUGGAAAACUAAACUUAGCAGUGCUGGUCUUGUGUAUUUCCAUUUUGGCCAUAGAAUAUUGAAGAUAAUCCUAGACUCAACUGAUGACAAACUAAUAUCUGCUGUAUAUGACAAGGUAUAUGAAUUCUUCAUUCAAGAAAUAGAUGGCAUUGAUAAUGGAGUGCCUAUGUUCAACGGCGAACCAAGUUACAGAAUUUGCACCAACUUAUCAGCUCGUGUCGCAAGGUUAAAUCCAUUUUGGAAUGGUGUAAGUGACAGUGACAUAGAUAGAUUUAACGAAGCCUAUUGCCUUGUUGGAAAAGAAUUUGAAGACCACAUAAAAUAUUGGGCCCACGUUUGGUGGCCUGCUCAUGAUAUUGUUCGUAAGGCAGUAAAUAACCGUUAUGAGACACAUCCUUCUGGUGAGAUAAUGUUACUGUCAAAUGGUGGUUGCCCUUGGAAGGAUCAUCUCUUUGAGCUGGAAGAAAAGUUACACAUCGAGCCAACUAUAAAAUAUGUGCUGUUUCAAGAUCAAGCAGGGAAAUGGAGAGUCCAGGGUGUACCCAUUGCACCACAAAGCUUCGUGUGUCGCAAGUUCUUAUGUGAAGCUUGGCGUGGUUUGAGAGAUGAAGAGUUGAGUGUAAAAGCUGGGAUUGCAGGUUGUAUUUUUGUUCAUACGACAGGUUUUAUUGGAGGAAAUAAAACAUACACUGGUGUUCUUGAAAUGGCUGCUAAGUCACUAACAGCUUAGUGUUUUCACAGUGUUUAAAAUGUCUGUGCACUGAUAACAUUAAAGUACUAUGUACCAACCCA